AUGGGCUUAUUGUUUACUUGGACGGUUCGAAGCUCGAAGAUAAUAAAGACCGAGAUUGAUAGAGGAUCUCGGCAACUCGGCUUUAGAGAGGUCUUCGACGCUGAGAUCUCUGGUGCUCUACGCGGCCUCCGGCAAGCUAUAAAGCACUGUACCCCAAACACUCCGAUUACUGUAUGUAUUGACAACUCGUCCGUGGUACGUGGCAUCGGAGGCACCGCCCUUAUGUUAUCUCGUGCUGAAUUCCUCGCAUUCCAAGCCAUUAGAGAUGAAUUCCCAGGCAGAAUAUCAGUUAGAUGGACCCCCGGACAUAAAGAUAUACCUGGCAACGAAGCAGCAGAUACUCUAGCCAAGAAAGGGGCCGCAGGGCCCCUUCGAGAUCUUACACCAUCAGUUGCACAGCGACAGCGCGAGAUCCGCGCUUUGCUCCCCCACCUCUUUCGCACAUGGUGGGAAUCGGUGGAAAAGAGAACCUACCAGUCUCUUGGACUUACCGCUGACCUAUCAAAGCUCCCAGAACUCGAUAUCCCCCGGCAACUACUCCGACAUCUCCUCGCCGCACGGUCUCACCACGGCGACUUCGCCGUGUACUAUCAGCGCUUCCAUCACGACAACGCUACACUGGAGUGCCCAUGCGGCCACGAGAAGACUCCAACACACUUGUUCGGGAUGUUCGCGGCGGAUUUAUGAAGCUUCACUGCUAUGUUGUCCUUAGGGUAUAUGCCCUUUUGUUCACCGGGUUACUAACGCACAAAAUUAUCCCAUUGGCUUAGGAGGGAUUUGGAGAAAUCCCGUGCGAUUUGUAGAGCGUAGCCUGUGGUAUAUUGUUUGGCGCAGUCGUUAAUCACGGUCGCAAAGGUUCUUAGGACUUCGGUACGCGUCUGAAGGCGGUCUAUUUCUUUCGUGAGAACGCUUUCGGCAUAUUAUUCGAUGUCAAUUGGGCCAGGAUUAUCUAGUUCGUCCGCCAGGUUAUAGUAUAUGUUUGAUGUGUAGUCUGGGCGGUUUCGUUUGGGGCUUCGUCCUCGGUACGGAAGGGGUCCUGGAAACAUUGGACUGCUACUAGGCAGGAACGGCUGGUGAGUUGUCGCAACUCUUCCUUGAAUCAAUGCUGCUUGGGCUUUGCUGAUUGGAAUUGGGUUCGUGGCAGCCGCGGGCGUUCGCACCUUGGUGGCCUCGGGGGUGACGAGAACAAUCGCCAUACCUUUGGCAGCACGCUAGGUGCGAUAAACGAGUUUUUG